GAAUUCGAAGGUUGCGGAACAAGAGCUUGGUUGCUAUCAUAUAUUUUGGCGCGCGUUCGGCGUCCUAAGAGUGUAGCGGGUUUGAAACUGUAGAUUGUUGUGAUUGCGUGUUCCAUUUAUUUCUAGUCUUCCUUGGUCGAUCAUCUUAUUGCUCCGGUUUAAUGCUCAUAUUUUAUUGACUGUUACUGAUCCCUUUCAUUGAUAAGUGCAAAUGUAUGUAUGGAAGUAUAUAUAUUGCUUAUUAGUUAUCUGAUCUGUCGGCUAACAUUUUCCCAUCUCCUUUCUUCUUUGAGAUUCUUUCUUCACACUCGUUCAAUAACAGUCAGCCUUAGAGCUCGGUUAGGAUUUAUCAGCGCUUUGAAUUUACCAAAAUAAUCGCCUCUGUAUUUAAAGGUAAUCUCUCAGAAUAUUCCUGAUUGAUGAUUGUUGUAACAAUCAUUUAAAAAACAUAACUGGAAAGUUUUUUGUGGAAGUUAUAACUUUUGAGAUGAACUUCUCGGAUGUGGUAAAGGUUACGAAUAGUUUGGCUGUUUUGUCGUCAAACGGUAUUUACAUUGCUUCGGCUUCUCAGCACAAAGUUUUUAUUCGUAUAACAAACACGCUACAAAUAUUUCAGAUAUACAGUUGUGUAGAUAUAGUGCAGAACAUAUUGUGGUCAGCAGACUCAUUGUUCAUUCUGAUUAUCCUGAAACAUCGUGGCAUAGUCCAGAUAUUCUCCCUAGAAAAUCCGGACUGGACAUGCAAAGUUGACGAGGGUUCUGCUGGACUUCUCAAUGCUAUAUGGUCGCCUGAUAGCAGACACUUCUUGACAACAACUGAUUUUUAUUUGAGGAUAACCGUUUGGUCAAUAUCGGAAGUCUCCGUUUCGUAUCUAAAGUUUCCUAAAGCAUGUGCAAAUAAUUUGGCAUUUUGUCCUGGUGGUCGUUAUUUAACUUUGCUUGAACGACGGAAUUUUCAAGAUCACUUAAGUCUCUUCGAUUGCAGACUUCAGUGGACUAUUCUUUGGAACAUAACGUUAGAAACUGAUGAUGCCGUGGGAGUUGUGUGGUCUCCAGAUGGACGCUAUAUCCUCGUGUACGAUAACUGUUUGCGAUACAAAGCAUCUAUAUACAGUGUUGGUGGAAAACAUCUCAAUACAUAUUGUGCUUAUAAACCAACACAAGAGCUUCUGGGUAUCAAAUCUGUAUCAUGGUCCCCCACAGGGCAAUUAUUAGCGCUGGGGAGCUACGAUCAAAAAUGUCGUUUAUUAAAUGAUUUCAAUUGGACUUGUUUAGCUUGUCUAAAGCAUCCUGUUAACAAACCAAUCGAUCCUUCUCUCGGACUUAGUCCUAAUGGCCGUCCUUUGUGUGUUGAUAAUGAAAUUGAUGGGGAUUUAGAAACAUAUCGGGCACACCGUAUUGAUAUUUAUGAAGAGUUUCGAACAGGUGUUUCGUCAGAUUUAUCAACCAAUUUUAAAGGUCCCCUAGAUUCAUCUACUGUCCAGUACAAACUACUAAAUGAUCCUGUUACCAUUCAAUCAAUUAAGCCUGAUCCUAACCAAGCAUUUCCUAAGGUAGGAAUUGGUUUGACAGAAUUUUCAACAGAUGGUCGAUUUUUGGCCACACGAAACGAUAAUUGUCCGGGCGUAAUUUGGAUCUGGUCAAUUGAUCGACGUCUAAGUCUAUUUAGUCUUCUAAUUCAUACUAGUGGUUGUGUAUCUUCUCUGAUGUGGGAUCCGAGGUGUUCUGCUCGACUUGCUUUGUGUACAGGUUCAGAUGCAGUAUUUUUGUGGACACCUCAAGGAUGUCUUGCAGUCCAGGCCCCAACACACUUCAAUUUUCUAGUUUCGUCCCUCGUCUGGCUUUCGACUGGAGACGGGAUUCUAUUACAAUCGGAGAAUGAAUUUUGUCUAUGCUAUCUAGAUUCUGGUGAUAAGCUUGAGAAACAUAAACCUCUUUGGAAGCCUCCUAAAAUCAAUUUGUCGACUGGAAAAUUGCAUCAGUAUGAAAUAAAAAGAAGUUCUGAAAAUGAACCCGAUCAUUGUCUGCCGUUUAAUAAUUCUGUUGAAAAUGAGGACUGUGAUUCUAUCUCUAACCCAUUUGGUGAAGAUGCUCCAAAUUGGCUAAAACAACACAGUAAGAUAUCCUCUGAUAUCACUGUAAAAGUUCGAAGAAGAAGUUUAUCUUCGUGUGAUAAACGUAAUGCUACGAGUAGAGAAUCGAAACCUUCUCGAGUUCUUUCCUCUUUAUCAAUCUGUCGACAGGCUUGGUUGGCUCCUUCCCCAAAUGUAAAACUGGCUAAAAAGUCAGCAAUUCAAAAUGCUAUUACAGCGAAACGAUAGUGCUUUUCUGUUAAUCUAUUUGCAUUUAAAUACUGUCCGUGGAAAUACCGACUUGUUCCUAUUUCAUAUCAGUAGCGAUGUUUUGUGUAUUCGAUUGACGCAUUCAUUUCACAUAUUGUAUUUGCCAUUCAUCUAAUAAUUGUAUAGGACUAUUUUAAAUAUUUACAAAAUAUUGCUUAGUUUUUUCCGGAAAAUAUUUUAAAACAUCACUUGUGUAACUAACUUUCGUUUUUAAACUUCUUUUUAUAUAAUAAACUGUCGUUUUCUUUAGUAAUCCUUCAGCAGUACAUAGUUACCAAACAAAAAUUAGUUGUCAGUGAUGGUGAUUUUUCAUACUGAAAUUCCUCAACGUGUAUAUAUCUUCAUUUGUAAUCGAAUGUUUAGUGUUAACAGCUGUAAGAGUCAUUCAUAAACAAAGUAGGACCUACAAUAAAUAUGUGUUACUCCAUGUCUGCACAUUAUACAUCAGCAUGGUAAGAGAAAAGUAAUACUUAAGUCGUAUCAUGUAUAGUACAGACAAUAAAUAAAAAAGAAAUCAAAGGGAAAAAAGUAUUAAAUAGAAUCAUAACUCGAGACUGAGAACAAUAUAAGGGAUCAAUCCGCUUCGAAUCAUGUAAAUUAUGGUCUUCAGUUAUUGAUUACGAUUAUCCUGUGGAUCCGUAAUGUAUGAUCAGCACCUAACACUGAUCCGCUUCACAGUCCGUAGCUUCAUGGCUAGUGUUGUUUUAUCAUCACCUAAAUGCCCUUAACUUUUGUCUAAAUCAUUCCAAUCUUAGCCACCGUUUCACAUCGUGAUAAUUGGAUUCUGGACAUGUGUAUUUCGUUCCAACUACCCUAACAAAUGAGGGUUCACAUCCUCACUAACCAACUCACUGUCUUAACUAAUAUCCUACAUUUAGCUUCAACACUAAUUACUUGGGGGUUCCGCCA